AUGCGUCUUCUCAUCAUCGUCGCCGCCAUCGCGUUCAUCGCCAUCUCCACCAGCCAAAGCGUCGCUGCUUACUCCGUCGAGCCACGUCUCGCCACCUUCAGCGAUGGAUCGGCUGCGGAGUUGGCUCGCCAGGCUCGUAACAACGAGCUCGAGUUCAUCAAACGCUUCCUGCCAGCAAAGGAGCGCCGUGCUCCACUCGAAGGAUUCGAGGACAUGUCCGGAUUCCUUCGCACCAUCGACGGCAUCCAGAAGCCAAGAUUCGGUUGA